AUGAGCGCCACCGACUUGGAGACCGACCGCACGCAAACGCCACGUACGAAGAAGGAGAAGAAGGAAAAGAAGGAGAAGAAAGAAAAGAAAGAAAAGAAGAAGGCCAAAAAGCGCAGUCGCGACGAAAAUGUGGACAUCGACGACGACGCGCCUGUCGAAACGUCGGCCGAGAGCGACAACGACACUGUGACGGAUGCACCUGCUGCCAAGAAGCCCAAGAUCCACAACGUGUCCACUAUCGGCGACGACAAUCCACCGCUGUCGAACUUUCGCGUUUCUGCAGUCACAAUCAAAAACCUCGAAAAGCGCGGAAUCGCAACAUUGUUCCCCAUCCAAGCCAUGACGUUCGACUCGAUCUACGACAAGAAGGACUUGAUUGGCCGUGCCCGCACGGGCAUGGGUAAGACGCUCGCAUUCGUGUUGCCCGUGGUCGAGCUGCUCUUGAAGGAUGGACUUCGCAAAAACCGCGGCCGCCCGCCAAAAGUGAUCUGCAUGGCGCCGACUCGUGAACUGGCCAAGCAAGUUGCCCAGGAAUUCGAGCUGACCGGUCCGAGCCUCACUACAACGUGUAUCUACGGAGGUGCGUCGUACCAGAGCCAGAACAAUGACUUUAGCAAGGGUGUCGAUAUCGUGGUCGGGACAACUGGACGCAUCUGCGACCACUUGGACCGUGGCACACUCAGACUGCACCAAUGUUCGUUUUUAAUCUUGGACGAAGCGGACACGAUGCUCGAAAUGGGAUUCCGCGAAGACGUUCAAAAGGUAUUUGAAGCCAUGCAAGCUGCCAAGGCUACGUCGGACCACCACAUCCAGACCUUGUUGUUCUCGGCCACCAUUCCGUCGUGGGUUGAAAGCGUUGCAAAGCAGUAUAUGAGUCCAAACCGCGAGUACGUCAACAUGGUCAAGGACAACGAAGCCCAAGCAUCCACGGACGUCGAGCACAUUGCCAUUCCGUGCCACUGGCAGACUCGCGCGACGUUGCUCGCCAACUUACUCUCCAUGUACGCGACCAAGACGAGCCGCACGAUCAUUUUUGCCGAAACAAAGAAGGACUGUAACGAGUUGGCAGUCAACCCGGACAUCAAGCAGGACGCCCAAGUGCUGCACGGCGACAUUGCACAGGGUCAGCGUGAAACCACGAUGCAAGCAUUCCGAGACGGCAAGCUGCGCCUGUUGAUUGCGACGGACGUUGCAGCUCGCGGCUUGGACAUGGACGUCGACCUUGUCAUCAACUCAGAGCCGCCGCGAAAGCAAUCCGGGCGCGCCGACUGCGAAACGUAUGUCCAUCGCUCGGGCCGCACGGGUCGCGCAGGCAAGAAAGGUAUUUGCAUCACGCUGUUUACGCCCAAGCAAAAGGACAACUUGAUCUUGAUCGAACGACACAUCAAGCGAAAGUUCACCAUGCAGAGCGCUCCCAACGUUGACGACAUGAUCUCAACCUCUGGUGCGACUGCAUCCGCUGAGAUUGAUACCGUUCACGAUGACAUGCGCGCGCUGUUUGUCCCGCAUGCGGAAGCCCUUGUCGAGAAACACGGCGCCGUCCAAGCGUUGGCCGCUGCGCUGGCGUGUAUCACGGGUUACACCCGCCCAACCCCUCAAGCGUCGUUGUUGUCGGGGGCGCCGGACAUGGUGACCGUGUUGUUUGAAAGCUCCAACCCGAUUCGUGCCAAGGGAUAUGUGUGGAAUGCAGUGAACCGUGACAUCCCAGAGGAAUUUGCGAGCGGUAUCAAGAACAUGCAACUCACGGCGGACGCUCUCGGUGCAUGCUUUGAGUUGCCUCUCGCUGGACUUCCCCAUUUGGAAGGUCUCAUGAAGAAGGAACAAGGCGAGUUCAAAUGCCCGUACUCGAUCCCCCGUUCCUUGCCGACGAUGCAAGAAGUUCCUGUCCGAAGCAACGGAGGUGGUGGUUACGGCGGUGGCCGCGGUGGUGGUUAUGGUGGCGGCUACGGAGGCCGAGGAAGCAGUGGUGGACGUGGCCGUGGUGCUGGACGUGGAAGCAGUGGAGGACGCGGCGGCAGACGAUAUUAAGUUUGAAAUUUAUUAUAUCAUUUCUGAAA